CCCAAGGUGAGCUUCAUGACCAGCCGCAUGAAAUCGCUGAAAUAUCUGGACAUGAGCAACAACUUGCUGCAUCACGACGGAGCCGACGUGCAGUGCCAGUGGGCUGAGUCUCUGACAGAGCUGGUCCUGUCCUCAAAUCAGUUGGCAGAUGCUGUGUUUGGGUGCUUGCCAGCCAACAUCCAAAAACUGGACCUACAAAACAACCAGAUCAGCAGUGUGCCCAGAGGGGUGGCUGAGCUGAAGUCCUUGAGGGAGCUGAACCUGGCGUUGAACAGGCUGUCUGACCUGCCGGGGUGCGGCGGCUUUCCGUCCCUGCAGCUCCUGAACACGGAGAUGAAUUUGAUCCUCACCCCAUCCGCCGACUUCUUCCAGAGCUGCCCGAGGGUCAGGGAGCUCCAAGCCGGGCACAACCCGUUCAAGUGUUCCUGUGAGCUGCAGGACUUUAUCCGGCUGGAGAGGCAGUCUGGGGGGAAGCUGGCUGGCUGGCCAGCGGCCUACGCGUGCGAGUACCCGGAAAGCUUGCGAGGGACGGAGCUGAAGGACUUCCACGUGAGUGAACUGGCUUGCAGCACAGUGCUCCUGCUUGUGACGGCUCUGCUGCUGACGCUGGUGCUGGUGGCCGUGGUGGCCUUUCUGUGCAUCUACCUGGACGUGCCGUGGUACGUGCGGAUGACGUGGCAGUGGACGCAGACGAAGCGAAGAGCUUGGCACGACCAGCCCGAAGAGCAGGAGAACGUUCUGCAGUUUCACGCCUUCGUUUCCUACAGCGAGCGCGACGCGCCGUGGGUGAAGAACGAGCUGAUCCCCAACCUGGAGAAGGGGGAGGGCUGUGUCCAGCUGUGCCAGCACGAGAGAAACUUUAUCCCCGGCAAGAGCAUUGUGGAGAACAUCAUUGACUGCAUUGAGAAGAGCUACAAGUCCAUCUUUGUGUUGUCUCCCAACUUCGUGCAGAGCGAGUGGUGUCACUAUGAGCUGUACUUUGCCCAUCACAAGUUGUUCAGUGAGAAUUCCAACAACUUAAUCCUGAUUUUACUGGAGCCGAUCCCUCCGUACGUUAUCCCUGCCAGGUACCACAAGCUGAAGGCUCUGAUGGCAAAGCGCACCUACCUGGAGUGGCCGAAGGAGAGGGGCAAGCGUGCCCUUUUCUGGGCUAACCUGAGGGCAGCU